CCUCACCACCAAACCCGCAUCGUGACAUUUUCUCAAGCUGUCAACACCACUCACAAUGGCCGACGCGGACCUCGAAGAGAUCCGGCGCGCGCGCCUCCAACAGCUCCGCCAACAGCAAGACAGCCCCGGCGCAGGUGGGGGAGAAGGCUCCCAAGAAGACGCGAAACGCCAAGCCGAGGCACAAGCCCGCUCCUCCCUCCUCUCUCAAAUCCUCACCCCCUCCGCCGCCGACCGGCUUGGCCGCAUCCGCCUAGUUAAGGAAUCGCGCGCCACGGCCGUCGAGAACCACCUGAUCACGCUGGCGCGUAGCGGGCAGUUGCGGACGAAAGUGACGGAAGAGCAGCUGAAGGACCUGCUGGCGAGCGUCGCGGAGCAGCAGGAGGAGCAGGCGGCGAAGAUUACAAUUACGCGGAAGGGAGGGGGAGGGGGGUGGGAUAGUGAUGAUUUGGAUGAUUUGCUUGAGGGGGUGUAG